CCCCUCAAUAAGUAGAUGUCACUGAAACCAGUACAGAGUAAUUCACAAUUCGCUGUCGUUCAGUAAUUAUCAAGCAAGGGAGCAAGACGCAUUACAAGAUAGGUGCUCAGGAAGUGCCUACGUUCUCACGGCAAUACAAACAAUUUUUGAAUAAAAAUCACUAGGCUGACAAGGUGUAGGCUAAUUGUUCUAAUACAUUCUACGUACCAAACGACAAAUUGUAUUGAGAAGAGAAAGUACUUGUAAUAUCUAAAAAUGAAUCCUGCGGUAGAUCCUGCGAUGAAUCUUGAGGUGGAUCCUGCGGUGGAGCCUGUGGUGGAGCCUACGGUGGAGCCUGCGGUGGAGCCUGCGGUGGAGCCUACGGUGGAGCUUGCGGUGGAGCCUGCGGUGGAGCCUGCGGUGGAGCCUGCGGUGGAGCCUACGGUGGAGCCUGCGGUGGAGCCUGCGGUAGAGCCUGCGGUAGAGCCUGCGAUAGAGCCUGCGGUGGAGCCUACGGUGGAGCCUGCGAUAGAGCCUGCGGUAGAGCCUGCGGUGGAGCUUGCGGUGGAGCCUGCGAUUGUUCCUUCAUCAAGUUCCAGACCUGGUAAUAUAGCAUACAGGAAAAAGAAUUCUAAGGCCACAAUGGAACUGUUUGUGGGGAAACGUGAUUUUGUUCAGCACAAUAAAGGAAUUGAGCCCAUUGUUUUGCUGAGCGGAAAUGUUUGA